AUGCCAAUGGACGGUGGGUCCUCGUCUCUGUAUCCACGCGUGUUUAGUACACCGAAUCUGUCCGACGAAUGGUGCGAACGUGAUUGGCGUGUAGUGGCGUGCUUGGGUACGCCUCGCACCGAACGGAGUCACAGUGAUGCCGAAAACGAAUCACCCCCGCCGGAUGGGAACCGCAACAACGGCCCCACCCACGUAGAGGACAAAGUCGGCAGUGAUGCUCGCCAGCGACGCUUCGACCACUUCACCCUGGCGACCGCGAAAUCCUAUCAUCCACCCGGAAUGGUUCAGGAUAGAAACAUUGGCGAAAUUAUUCUCCCGCCGAUACUGCAAGCACACACCACUGGGCUGUCCCUUGGUGCUGGCGGCAACCGCAAUAACAAUCAGAACAAUAUUUUUUACCCAAAACACGUUCUCCGACGGUCGUCUCCGCCAGGAUCGUGGUCUCCGACGGCCACUACCGCUACCAGCAGUGACACCUUUCACGUGCUUCCCGCCGCGGUUCCCGAAGAAGCCGCAUCGGAAUUGGAGUAUAGUACUGCCCGUCCCGACGAGAAUUUACCAACGGAGAAUUCUCUACCGAGUGAACCUUUGGGCGCACGAAGUCACGAGCAGAGACAACAGGCCGCGCAGCAAGUCGUCAACGAAUUGUUGGGGAUGCUCGUCGUUCCCAAUGUUUGGAGCCACGUUGCAACUCCCCCUCACACUGCCGGGCUCCAUGCCCACAAGCCGUCACCGCCACCACCGGUCACGACUUCGCCCAUGCGCACUUCCCGGUCUCCAUCACCACAACGACGACCCAUUUUUAGUCCCCUGGUACACAAACACGCUAGCGAAAACAGUUUUGAUGUGUCCACCGUCGGAAUGGACGACGAGGAAGAUGGUGUCUCGGUGGGAGUGGAGGGUCACUUUGCCCGUCUCACCACGAACGACCGAGCCCUGUCGCUGCCCACUAAAUCAUACACGGCGACGGCCAAUUUACCCCGCAAACCCUCCUUGAAGCGCGUUUCUUCCAUUCCCUGUUGCAAGCCGCAAAACCAGUUCGGUAGCGUCCCCUCCGAUCUGGACGGACCGGAUCUGAAACGCACCGUCAGUUUCGGCACACUCGAAACCCGCGAGUUUUCGAUCGAGCUGUCCGAUCACCCGAGUUGCUCGUACGGGCCUCCGAUUCAGUUGGGUUGGGACUACCACGAUCAGGAAACGCGCAACGUGGACGAGUACGAAACAUCCCGCGUGCCGCGCCGGCACGUCUCGGAUAUGAUCCUCUCCUACAACGUCCGACGGUAUCUGUUGUUGAAACGUGCCGGCUACACGCCGGCGGAACUGCGCGACGCCAUGCGGCAAGUCGACAAGGUCAAGCGCGAACGUAUCCUGACGGACCUCUUCUGGCCCGUGGCCGGUCUCGACGAAACGUUGGAAGAAGUCGUGCUGCGGAUCAAACAAGUCUUUGGACACGGCGAGGAAUCUUUGCAAUUUUAG